AACCACCCGCCUCCUCCUUUAUGAUCAGCGAUUUUGGAAUGUCAGCAACACCAGUAAUCCACACUUUGGCAAUUUGGCAACAAUUUGGCAACCCCGGCGAGGCCCCUGCAAUCUCAAGACCCCACCAAAGAAGAUGAACCACCACCACUGCCACCCCAGCAGCUGCCCCUCUCACCACUACCACAGCCACAACCACCGCUUCAACUACCCCAAGAAAACCAACCUUCCACCUGCGAAAUUUGCAUCAAACCCAUAAUUUCACCAACCCAAUUAUUCAAAAGCCCAAACAAUGAAAAAUGCGGGCCCCACCCAUUCUGCAAAUUGUCAACCAUAACAACUAUAGUACCAAAGUUCUUCCAUGGCGGUAAAAAUCACAAAAGCCUCAAGUCUCCAAGAGUGGAAUCCCAUGUUUGAAAUAGAAGCCUAGCCACCUUAGGCAUGCAUGUUUAGAGUAGAAAUAGGAAUUCCCUCUUCCAAACUCACUGACACAAUAAGACAAAAUCAGAGCAUCUCAAGGAAGGCUGAAGAGUUAACGAAGGCAGAGGCAGCAGCCAAGUUGAGGGAGCAACGGCGACUAGAGGAGAAAGCUAAGGCUCUGGAGGCACUGGAGAGGAAAAAGAGGAUCGCAGAGAAAGCGCAAAUGAGGGCUGAAUUACGAGCACAGAAAGAAACCGAGCUCAGAGACAAGGAAAGGGAUAAGAGGUUGAGGAAGAAGGAGAGAAAGAAGGCCGGUGGAGCAGAAGUUCCCGAUGGAAACGAUAUUGGGGAAUGCACUCCAAAAUCUGAAAUCGUACCUGGAACAAUAAAGGAAUCUGAGGUUAAGUACUGUUUUCCUACCGUUACCAAAAGAUCUCAAAAACCAUCAGUUGUGGUGAAGCAAAGCAAGACAAAAUCUAUCCCUCCGCCACUUAGGAACAGAGGUAAAAGAAAAAUGCAGCAGUGGAUGUGGAUAAUUUUGACAUGCGUGGUUGUUAUUGCUCUGUUCUUGCUAGGAAACAUUGGCUUCUUCUCCAAUCUUUCAAAUUUUAGGCUGCGGAGCCAUAGUAAUCCCUCCGCCGGUGGAUUACUGGUGUUGCUGGUAUAUCCAAAAUCGCCGAUCAUGAAGGAGGAGGCGGGUGGUUGGUGGUGGAGAUUGGUAGUGGAGAGGAGAUAAUUCAAAGUUCUCAAAAUGCCCUUGUUUAAUGUUAAAUUAGGAGCUAAAUUACUUUUAGGUGGCGGCGCCACCGUAGAAGGACUUAAUUGGAUCCGAAAAUUAAAUUCAUAUAUUAAAUUGGCUAAAAAUAAAAGUUAGAGACUAAA